AGCAUGAACGGCACAGAGGGCCCCAACUUCUACGUGCCGAUGUCCAACCGCUCGGGCCUGGUGCGCAGCCCGUUCGAGCAGCCGCAGUACUACCUGGCCGAGCCCUGGAAGUUCUCGCUGCUGGCCGCCUACAUGCUCUUCCUCAUCGCCACCAGCUUCCCCAUCAACUUCCUCACGCUCUACGUCACCGUCAAGCACAAGAAGCUGCGCACGCCGCUCAACUACAUCCUGCUCAACCUGGCCGUGGCCGACCUCUUCAUGGUCAUCGGCGGCUUCAGCGUCACGCUCUACACGGCCCUGCACGGGUACUUUGUGCUGGGGGUGACCGGCUGCUACAUAGAGGGGUUCUUCGCAACACUGGGAGGUGAGAUUGCGCUGUGGUCCCUGGUGGUGCUGGCCAUUGAGCGCUACAUAGUAGUGUGUAAGCCCAUGACCAACUUCCGCUUCGGGGAGAAGCACGCCAUCAUGGGGGUGGCCUUCACCUGGGUCAUGGCUCUCACCUGUGCAGUGCCCCCCCUCUGUGGCUGGUCAAGGUACAUCCCUGAGGGCAUGCAGUGUUCGUGUGGUAUAGACUACUACACCCCUAAGCCAGAGCUCCACAACACCUCCUUCGUCAUCUACAUGUUUGUGCUGCACUUCUCCAUCCCCCUCCUCAUCAUCUUCUUCUGCUACAGCCGCCUGCUCUGCACCGUCCGCGCCGCGGCAGCCCAGCAGCAGGAGUCUGAGUCGACUCAGCGGGCGGAGAAGGAGGUGACGCGCAUGGUGAUCGUCAUGGUGAUCUCCUUCCUGGCGUGCUGGGUGCCCUACGCCAGCGUGGCCUGGUACAUAUUCGCCAACCAGGGGACUGACUUUGGCCCCGUGGCCAUGACCGUGCCCGCCUUCUUCGCCAAGAGUGCCGCCCUCUACAACCCCGUCAUCUACAUCCUGCUCAACAGACAGUUCAGGAACUGCAUGCUGACGACAGUGUGCUGUGGCAAGAACCCGUUUGGUGACGAUGAGGUGACCACCACCACGGCCUCCACCAAGACCCAGUCGUCUACAGUCUCCACCAGUCAGGUGGCACCUGCCUAA